AUGCCUUCCGCACUCACUCCGCCACCCUACGCUCCUCUGCGGGACACCAGCCUCUUUCAGCCCGUUCGAAUCGGAAGAAUUGAGCUUCAGCACCGCAUCGUUCAGGCACCUCUUACGCGAAUGAGAGCAGUGAAAGAAAGUGACGGCGUACACGUUCCUGGAGAUCUGGCUCUCGAAUACUACACUCAACGGGCGAGCAAAGGAGGCUUGCAGCUGACGGAGGCCACUGACAUCUCACACUACGCUUCUGGGUACCCUGGAGUUCCUGGAAUAUUUACCGAGAGUCAAGUCGCUGGAUGGCGGAGAAUCACUGAUGCAGUUCAUGUUAAAGGAGGUUUCAUCUUUUGCCAGCUUUGGCACACCGGCAGAGCCUCACCUCCGAGUUUUCGAAAUGGCCAGCAGGCCUUCAGCGCCAGCAACAUUGCCAUAUCAGGCAAAGCUCUCGAUGGCACGGAGUAUGGCGACAAUCCCCCAAAGCCAGCGACAUUGGAAGAUAUCCGAAAUACCGUCAAGGCCUUUGAGACUGCUGCUCUAAAAGCGAUCGACGCUGGUUUUGAUGGGGUCGAAAUCCAUGGUGCCAACGGAUAUCUGUUGGAUCAAUUCCUUCACGAUAAUGUGAACAAGCGAACAGACGAAUACGGAGGAUCCGUGGAAAACAGAUGCCGAUUCCCUCUGGAAGUCGUCCGAGCCGUCAGUAAGGCCAUUGGUGGCGAGAGGGUUGGGAUCCGUCUCUCGCCAUUCAACUACUUCCAAGACACCAAGGACAGUGCUUCGGUGAAACACUGGACAUAUCUUUGCGAGCAGCUGGCAGCCUUACCCGAGGAGCUCAAGCCAGCCUACGUGCACAGUGUCGAGCCUCGCUUCGAUGAAGUUCUGGACGAGCAGGCAAAGCUGGAUGCUUUAUCUGCGUAUGCCAAUGGCCUGACCCCUGAAGCUGAGGCAACACGCAAGACGGCAUACUCUCUGGAUCCACUGCGACAGACGUUGGCUAAAGGCGGAAUUCGGUUUCUUGCUGCUGGCAACUUCAAUCGCGAUAAUGUAGUACCGAAACUUGACGCAGAUGGAGCUGAUGCGAUUGUGAUGGGGCGAUGGUUCAUUGCGAAUCCUGAUCUGCCUCGUCGGCUUGCUGAUGGGUUGAGUUUGAAUGAGUACGACCGGCACACCUUCUACGGAGCUGAUCCACCUGAAAAGGGGUACACUGACUACCCAUUCUUCGGCACUUCGUCUGCAUGA